AUGAUCAGCCAAGCGCUUUGGCCUCAGCACGCGCCUGAUCUGCUUGAUGCUGUAGAGCGGAAUACAAGUCUUCCGAGUGUACUGGUUUCGCCUGUCUUACAGCAUCAGCAACCACCCGGUCAUUUCAUGUUUGCGUUGCGCGUCCUCUCCACUUGCUGUGCUACUCGGCCCGUUCUGGGUCCAAAAAGAGGACUCACGACUUCAAAGUACAACAAACACGCCGGCUAG